AUGAACAAUAUCGUCGUAUUUGCGGGUAGUUCGGACCCUUAUUUAGUCAAAAAAAUAUGCGAAAACUUGAGUAUCAAGCCUUCUCAGGUCAAGUUGGGCAAAUUUUCGAACGGUGAGACCAGUAUCAGUAUAAUGGAAUCUGUCCGUGAAAAAGACGUCUACGUUAUCCAAAGUGGCUGCGGUCAUGUCAAUGAUAAUUUCAUGGAGCUUCUAAUUUUGUUGAAUGCGUGCAAAACUGCGUCAGCUAGUCGUGUCACUGCAGUAAUGCCUUACUUUUGUUACUCUAGGCAGCCCGACAUCCCAUACACCGCAAAGGGUGCUCCAUUGAUAUCUAAACCUAAGGAAAAAUACACAUUCGAGAGUCAUCCAGGCACUCCAGUCUCGUCAAUUCUUACUACUCAAAGACCCACUUCUCCUGGUGCAAGAAGAGCAGUAGAGGACAUUCUCGAGACAACGAUAAUAUCAACACUAAGUCUCGAACAGCCAAUACCCAAAAAAUCUAACGGUGGUGAGCUUCACAAAUCACCCUCACAAUCACGUAUUCCCAUGGUUCCCGAGCGUAAGGAGAAUAGCUCAGAAAUGGGGUCGUUUUUCAAUGCAAACAAUGCUGGUUACAAACUAUGGGUAGCACAAGCAGGAACCUUAAUUGCGAAUCUGUUGACAACAGCUGGUGCUGAUCAUGUUAUUACAAUGGAUUUGCAUGAUGCUCAAUUUCAGGGCUUUUUCGAUAUACCAGUUGAUAAUUUGUACUGCAAACCCAUUGCUCAAAAUUAUAUUCAGUAUAACAUCCCGAAUUACCAGGACGCCGUCAUCGUAUCUCCUGAUGCAGGUGGUGCUAAGCGUGCUGCAUCAAUUGCGGAUGCUCUAGAAUUGUCGUUUGCUCUAAUUCACAAGGAAAGAAGGUCCCAGCUUCCAAAGGGCCCUCCUGACGCGAGUUUGACCUCAGGCGGUGGUGCAGUGUUAUCACCCAAACCUUUAGUUUCUACAUCGUUGAAUGGACCUUUGAGCUCCCAAGAUAUGAAUCCUUCGUCUUCAAAAUACGUUCAAACAACAAUGCUUGUCGGGGAUGUGCGUAAUAAGAUCUGUAUUAUAGUUGAUGAUCUCGUUGACACAUCUUACACUAUCACGCGUGCCGCUAAACUAUUGAAGGACCAAGGCGCUACAACUGUCUACGCUCUGAUCACUCACGGUGUUUUCUCUGGCGAUGCUUUGAAUAGAGUAUCACAAAGUGCUAUAGAUAAAAUUAUCGUUACAAACACAGUGCCUCAGGACAAGACAGUAAGCUUUCUAGGCAAAAAGAGGGUUCACGUGUUGGAUGUGUCUCGCAUCUUUGCCGAAUCAAUUAGGAGAAUCCACAACGGUGAAUCUAUAAGUAUGCUCUUCGAGCAUGGAUGGUGA